CUGUAUAAUUUCCUGCAGUACAGUGCUCCGGUGGCACACAUCUCGACAAAAUGGUGAAGCAGUUCUCAGGGAAGAAGUACGAGCUGGAUGUCGCCAGCCAGGAGAACAUGGACGCCUUCCUGGAAGCCGUCGGUGUCGACGAUGCCGAUAGGCGGAAGGAAAUACAGGGAACCAAAAUAACCAUCGGUUUGGCGGUGAAUGGCGACGAGUACACUUUCAGUUUGGAAGGCGCUGGCCGCAAGUUUGACACCAAGUGCAAGCUGGACGAGGAAUUCGACGAGACGAUGUGGGACCGCACAACACGCAGCAAGUACUCCGUCAAGGGUGGCGACACCGUGGUGCACUGGGCGAAGUACCCGGACGGCAAGGUCAUCACUUCCGAGACCAAGUACUCGGCUGACAAGGCUCUGCAGACAGUUACUCUUGGUAAUGUUGUUGCAAAGAAGACAUUCAAGGCCAUCUGAAUUGAUACCAGAAGAUCUACUUUGGUGAUACACAACUUAAAAGACGUCUCCACAUUCAGUGAAGUGUUUGUUGAUAAUACUGUACAGUCCAAUACCAUACAACUGUUUUCGAUGUCACCACCAAAUACUGCAAAUUAAUUUUAAUAAAAUUACAACUUUUUUGAA